UCAGUUUUUCUUCAACCUCCAUACUAACAGGAACUAAUUAUAAAAUGAAGUUCAUUUUGACAGUGACACUGAUUGCUGCUACAUCGGCAGUGAUAGUUGAGAAAAGGGAGAAGAGUCGUUCGAUUUAUUCGAAGAAACAUGGAAAAAGAGGAGCUUUCGGCGUUGAGUAUGGGUACCCUUUGCAGGAACCGGCGCAAAUUUACGAGAAACCAAAUCCGCCGGUUGCUCACGGAUACGACUAUGCUCAUCCAGUGCAUGUUCAACCAGUCGGAGUGCCAGUAAAUCAUCCAGUGGUGGUUCCUGAACCAAUUCCACAACCGAUUCCAGAACCACAACCAGUGGCUGUGCCUCAUCCUGUGCCAGUGAUUCACACCGUCGUGAAACACGUACCAGUACCGGUUGCCGUUCCAAAACCCUAUCCAGUGCAUAUCGAAAAAAUCGUUCACGUACCAGUCGAAAAAAUCGUUCAUGUACCAGUCGAAAAAAUCGUUCAUGUACCAAUUGAAAAAACUGUUCAUGUAGAUAGGCCGGUUCCAGUCGCUGUUCCUAAACCCUAUCCAGUUCCAGUUGAAAAGUACGUUCACGUCGACAGACCGUAUCCAGUGCAUGUGGCUGUGCCAGUACAUGUACCGAAACCCUAUCCCGUCCCAGUAGCCAUUCACACUCAAUAUAAACCAUUAUAUGGUGGAUGGUAAUUAGUACAAUCUUUUCUACUUUAAUGUUUUUUAAGCAAUCUUAAUUCGUGAAUUUUUGCGGUUCGAAGCAAGAUUAAAUAAAACGGUUUUUCUAAGGGUAUCAAAUUUAGACAAAAUACGAAUCAAAAUUGUUGCGAUGCAACAAUGAUUCGUAUUUUGUCUAAAUUUGAUUGAAUUCUUGCAUUGCGACAAUUUUGAUUCGUUUUUUGUCUCAAUUUAAUUGAAUUGUUGCAUCGCAAUAAUUUUGAUCCAUUUUUUGUCUCAAUUUGACAUCCGUAGAAAAACUAUUAUGAUCGAUAUGAUAAUUGUCCGAACUAAUUCAGAUAGGACCUUGGUUCGGAUAGUAGAAAUUGCAAUUAUUUUCAUUCACAUUUAUGGAGAAAUGAUUGUUUUUAAACUACUUUACUUAAAUGGGCAUUUCCCAUUCUGCUACAAUACCGAGCAUCUACAAAUUCAUUAAGGGCAUAGUAUUGCAUAGCAAAUUGCCUGGCAAAUUGCAUAAAAAGUAGCCGUUCGGUAUUGCAGCAGCUCACUGCAAAAAUAGGUUUUUUUAAAGUAGGUAUCUUACUGAUUUUUAAGAUGCUUUAUACGUUUUAGCAGUUUUAGAUAUUUAGCGACAUAAGAUUUUUGUGAAUCGUAAGAUGCGACGAUUUGUCUUCUUUUUGGGUAAUUUAAAUUAAAAAUCAGAUGAUGGUCAAUAAAAUUACUUUACUUUUUCUAUUGAUUUCUAUCAAUAGAUGUAAAAAAUCGAAAGAUUGCAGAAGAUGACGAACAAGUUUGGAUAGUACAAAUUCGGAUGAAAUGAUUUACAGUUCGCGGAAGAGUGUUUCGGUUUAAUCGAGAGGUUCAAAAGUUGAUUGUAAAAAUUUGAGUGUUAAACUUUGAUUCACAUAUAUCGCACCUUUAGUGAUAAUAUUGUUUUUAUAUGUACAUGCUUUAAAAGUUGUAGCACCUUCGCAUUGAUUUAAUUCUCGGUAGUCCUUGUUGAAUACUUGAUAAUAUAAUUCCUUAAAUUGCACAUACAUAGCAUUGACAAUGAGAGAACGAUUCACGCGAUAUUUACCAAAGAUGACUCAAUUGAAAGUGCUAUUCAGUUUGUAAAAAUUCGUCAUCAAUUUCCCCAAAAACUUUUCUUUAUAAUUUUCACUUUUGGCAAAUGUCAAAUUCUCCAUUAGAAGAGAAUUCUAAUUUAGAAGAAGAAAUUUAAUUUAGAAGAAUUAAGUUUAAUUAGCGAGCGAAUACAGAUCUAUUUUUUAAAUUAAAAAUAACUGUUUGUUAUUAAAUUGAUAUGUAUUAUUACGAAUAAUAAAAGAAACGAACUUUGAACAUGAGGAACAAAAAAAAUGUCAUUCAUUAAUCUUUAAUUACGUAUGAAAAAACUUGUUAAAAGUAAAAUCUACACUAUAUCGGCGAGAAAUAUUUAAUAAAGUGGAUAAAAGUUGUGACAACUAAUUGGUACUUUGUAAAGUCUAUCUAUCUAUAAACUAUACAAACCAAUGGGACAUGAAAGCGUGUCUUAAAAAAAAAACUGUGGUCGUGGGAAAGAAAAUUACUUUAUACAUGUGUUCAUGGAAGAAAGAAAAGAACAGAGGAAAGGUCAAAUAGCGUUGCGGUGUUAUAAAUUUUUAAAUAAUUAGAGUCUUUACUAGCGAAGGCUCUCUCUCCUUCCUUGUGACAUCAUAUAAACUUGAAAAAUAAAACAGUACCCCUUCAAUCCUAAACGCAAUCAUGAAUGGAACACGACUUCAAGAUCUAUAGAAUCUCAUUACUAAUGGAUACCUCUUUUAUACCACCUUCACACUCAACGGCAGGUGUUGCUCUUGACACUAGGCGCUAUAUAUUUAUUUAUUUGUCAAUAUUCGCACUGUACUAUAAGAAAUGCCACUGUAUUAUGUUUGUGUGUAACAUUUUAAUCCGGAAAAAAGUUUUUUUUACAUUUAUUUUUAACUCUUUGAUUUGCAAAAAAACUUUAUGUUGUUAAA